CGUGAGAGCUACGAUAUGUUGAAGCAUGCUCAGCGGCCGCCGGCGGCGAACGAUGCCGACCACCGCUACCAGAACAUGCCGCGGCGGCCGCACCACCAUCUCCCGCUGAACGUGUCCACCUUGGACUCCUCGAAACAUUCCGUAGGCGGAACAUCCGCCAGCGUUAGUCCCGGAGCCCAGCCACCUACAAACGCCGCACCAGUGCCUGUUGUGACACCCAUACCGGUCGCGUCACCGCCUAAACUCGCCAACGGUACUGCCACUGGUAUUCCCAGUAGACCCGCUACCGCAAGGGCGAGGAGCACGCGGGCCGCGACCGAGGAGGCCCUGACGUCCCUAGCCCUGCUGUGCCUCGUCAGUUUACUCCUAGCGUUACUAGCGCUACUAUUCCUACUGAAGAUAUCCGCGCCCGCGACCAGUGCCCCCGAGGAGUUCGCUGUGGUGUAUGAAGUGACGUUAGCUCUGUGUGCGUUGACGCUCUCGCUGAACCUCUGCUGCCUGCUAGUGUGUGCCAUCCAGUUCCUGUUUGCCGUGAAGCUGGUGCACUCCCCGUCGGCACCUAACGGCCGAUCAAAUAAAUAUUUGCAGAAAUCUGCAAUAACGAGGGUCUGCGCCGUUGGGGGAUUUUUCAUCUCCAUUCCAGUAUUUUUAACCGGUAUAAUACUCUACACGUUCAUACAAUUUCAUUCCACGCCGGCUAUCGUCACAUCCGUUUUCAUCGGAGUCGGUAUAGUCUUCUGCGGCUGUGCAAUGGUCCACAAUGUCUUCGUGUGGCAGAAGGAGAAGACAAAUUUAGUUAAGGCGUUUCGAACACCGGAUUUGAAUACAACGAAUAUGAACACAUCGAAUGGCGUGAUCAUGGGAAAUGGACAUUUAAAUAACACGGGUAUUGGAGGGAACUUGAGUUUCCACAGCAUGACUGCGCCAUAUACACAUCCGAUAACGCUGUUACAGCAAGGUGGACCUUAUAUUAUAAGGCCACCCACCAGUACUCCACCAGGGGGCGCUGGCGAGGCGACACCAGGCGUGCCCGCCGCAACCGUCGACCUCAGCCAUGACGCUCACGAAUUGAGCACCCUAGUCUGACUCUAACCUUAUAUUCCUUUGAGACAUCAUAUAUGAAGUAAAUAAAUUGUGUCCAUAUUGUUACAGGCUUAGUGAAAAGUUUACUCAAAAUGGGCUUUUUACCAUGUCCGAUAAAUUUUUA